UGCGCGUCGGGACGCUGGUGCGUUCGGUCGUGUGCGCAGCCCGUUAAGCGUCGGUGUCUGGAUCCAGCCGUCCGUCCAUGAGAAGCGCAGCAGCGGCGCUGUUUCCGUGUGUCGUCGCGGUGCUGCUCCACUGGUUCGGCUGGACGGACAGAACUGCGCUCCUGUUGGGCUUCGGCUCCGCAGACAACCAGAAGGCAGUGCAUGAGGUGUUGGUGGGUGUUUUAUCAGCACGGCAUCAUCAUGAGCUCCGGCAGGCCAUAAGAGACACAUGGCUGGGGUACCUUAAACACCACCCUCACUUCCAGAAACGGGUGAUGGUGAAAUUCAUCAUCGGUGAACAUGGCUGUUCUGUGCCGGAGGAAGAUCGUGAAGACCCGUAUUCCUGCUCGCUGCUGAACCUCACGGAGACAGCUGCUGGGCAGGAGAUGGCUAUCUUGAGCGUUCCUGACACAUCUGCACUGCUGCCCUCCGAUGUCUCUGCCGUCAGUCUGGACUUCAAGGUCCUUCACUCGGUGGUCAUCACCCAGCUGGGCGUCUUUCCCAACGGACCGCGAGACGACUUCAGGGGCAACGUCACGGUCCGGCUCUUCCAGGUGGACCAAGAGGAGUCGGUGGUCACCGCUUGCUUCAGCACGCUGAGUCCAGGCACACGUGUGGGUGGGAUGUUUUACAAACCCGUCGAGCAGUUCAUUCUCCCCAAGGGUUUUGAAGGAACUCUUCUGUGGGAGGCUCAGGAUUCGACAGGCCUGAUGUCUGUCAACACAUCUGGACUCCGUCUGAGUAACGGAGGAGGGGUUCUCAAGUUUGGAGCUGCUGGCUGUGUGAGAAGGAGUGUUACGUGGACAUGCUGUCGUCGCCGCAGCACUCGGCGCAGGAGCUGCGCUCGCUCUGGGACAGGAAGAGGAAGUGCGGCGAUCCCUGCGGCUGCGCCAGGACCCAACACUGACACGACACACUAGUCCUGCUCACUUGUCCUUUAUAAGCCUGCUCUGUUAUUGGUCGUAUUCACACGCCGGCGUUGUAGAUCCACCACCAGAUGUCAAAUAAACACCGGGCUCGAGAAUCGCCAGGGCAGCUUCACCGGUUCUUCCUUUUGUUACGAGUCUUUGUCACUUCGCGUUCUUUUUUGCUGCGAGAUCUUGAAAUUGCAAAGCAUGCAAAUCCUUUUCACUGCUUUUAACUUCGCUGGAAGCCAAAAUUGUUACACUGAAACAUUCAUUUAUGAACAAUAAAACAUUACA